AAGAACAGACAGCUGGCAUAGAGGGGACUAUGGUUCUGUCCAGCUUCCCACUCUUCAUUGUCCUCAUUAGCCUCUUUCUUCUCUGGAUCUGGGGCCGCCCCAACUCCAAGGGUCGCCUACCUCCUGGACCCUGGCCUCUUCCCUUCCUGGGGAACAUUUUGCAAAUAGACUCUAAAGGCUUUCUCAAGACCUUCAAGGAGCUGCGGGAGAAGUAUGGGGACGUCUUUACAGUGCACCUGGGACCCCGACCAGUCAUCAUCCUGUGUGGAUAUGAGGCCAUAAGAGAGGCUCUGGUGCAUCAAGCUGAGACCUUUUCUGGCCGAGGGCUCAUUGCCAUCACUGACUCCAUCUUCCAGGGAACUGGUGUGAGUUUUGCCAAUGGAAAGUCUUGGAAAGUCCUCCAGCGGUUCUGUCUGACCACCAUGAAGGACUUUGGGAUGGGAAAGCGAAGUAUUGAGGAGAGAAUCAAGGAGGAGGCUCAGAAUUUGGUGGAGGAGCUGUGGAAAUCCCAGGGGACCUAUCUGGACCCCACCCUCCUCUUUCACUCCGUCACAGCCAACAUCAUCUGCUCCAUUAUCUUUGAUGAACGCUUUAAUUACCAGGACCCCAAAUUCCUACGUCUGCUAAGUUUACUGAACCAAGCCUUCACCAUCCUCAGCUCCUUCUACAGUCAGGUGUUUGAACUCCUCUCGGGAAUCCUGAAACAUUUUCCUGGCCCCCAUACUCAUCUGUGCAGAAUCAUUCAAGAACUAAAAGAUUUUAUCACUGAGAACAUUGAGAGGCACCAAGAAACCUUGGACCCCAGUGCUCCCCGGGACUUCAUUGAUUCCUUCCUUCUCCGCAUGGACAAGGAACGAUUUGUUCCCGAGAGUGAGUUCCACUAUAAAAACCUCGUCCACACCGUGCUUUCACUCUUCUUUGCUGGAACAGAGACCUCCAGCACCACCCUCCGAUAUGCGCUCUUAUUGCUGCUGAAGCACCCGGAUGUCUUGGAGGAAGUCCAGGCAGAGAUUGACAGGGUCGUUGGCAGCAAGCGUCUCCCAGCCCUUGAAGAUAGAGCAAAAAUGCCUUACACGGAUGCGGUCAUCCAUGAGAUUCAGAGAUACAGUGACCUAGUCCCAAUUGGUAUCCCACACUCCGUCAUUCAGGACACCAACUUCCGAGGGUAUCAUCUCCCUAAGAACACUACUGUGUACCCUGUCAUGAACUCUGUCCUCCAUGACCCACGCCACUUUGAGAAGCCAGACACCUUCUAUCCUGGACACUUUUUGGAUGCCAAGGGCAACUUUAGGAAACGGGAAGCCUUUAUUCCUUUCUCCAUGGGAAAACGCAUCUGUCUGGGCGAGAGCCUGGCCCGCUCCGAGCUCUUCCUCUUUUUGACCUCCAUGCUGCAGAGCUUCUCCUUGGGCUGUCCCAAGGCCCCAGAAGACAUCGACCUCACUCCACAGGUGAAUGGGCUGGGCAAGUCGCCCCCUGUGUUCCAACUCUGCUUCCUGCCCCGCCAUAGAGAGAAAGAAGAGAUGCAAAUUUCCUCAGGAUCCUUCCAUGUGGCCCCCACCCCUGAAAAGAAUGAGGCCACUUGAGCUUCUCUUUGUUCCCUCUCUGCUGUGGAAAGUGAGUUCUGUAGUCUGUCCUCCAUCCAGCAUGCUGUGGUCUCCAUUUACCUCCAAAUAGCCUUGAAAGUUGACCAAGAGAAAAGGAUCAAGAAAUACCCUCAAGAGCUUAGUGCCACCGCCCCUCUUUUUCUUCUGCCACAAAACUAAUUCAGUACUUGAUAGAUCUGCUUCCUCAGUCUGAAUCCCCAAAUAAAGAAAACUUGC